AUGUACGCCGCUCAGAAUAUAACGCCAACAGUUUUGGAUGCUAUGAAUGGAAAUGUUUCCGAAUGGUAUAACGAAUGCGACAAUGCCAUUAGAAGGUCAGAAAUAGUUCCUGGAACUUACGAAUAUACAACUGCUGUUUCUUAUGGAAACGUAGGUGAGUUUGGAGAAGGUUCUUCAACAACAGUAGAUAUUGCUUGCGACAGGUUUCAUAUAAUUUCUAUUGACAACUCUUUCUUAUACGUGGAACAAGACAUUGAAAUAAAACCUUCUGCCAAGUUGUCUGACAAGAAAGGUUGCAAUGGAAUUUUCUAUGUCGGAUACCAAUAUGCUCCAGAAGUUUUCAUGGGAUAUAAGAUAUAUUCUAACUCUGACUUAGUUCAAACAGUAACAUGGGCAAACUAUGAAUGGUUCGCUUUGAGAAACUCAGUACAACCACAAGCUAGAGAACAAACAGACCAGUAUGCAACUAUUGAGAAAAUAAGAAGACUUGACCCUAACGUUCCAGGAGUUUAUGUUAACCUUUCUGGACAAACUGCAGCAGCAGUAACCAAAGUAAAAUUGAAACUUAGAGUUCCUUUGUCAUCUUUCCUCAUCUUCAGGUUUUUAAGAUACUUGCCAAACUGGGCAGGAAAAAUUUCUAUCGAACUUACUCCAAGCAAAAAUAACUUAGUCAUUGCACCAACACAAGACCCAUUCACUCUUACAGACGUAAAGGGAGCAAAUCAAACGUCAUUCGCCGAAUUUUGCAAAGACAAAGUUGACUUAGACUUUGGUUUCUCAAACCUCAACACUGAAGUAAACUACUACUUCAAUGCUGCUGGAACUGCUUGGGACCCAGUUAAGUUCACAUGCGAAAA